AUGAACAUUGUAGGAAAGCUCAGUUUAAUGAUACCGUGGAGUAUAUUCUUGCUUCAUUCACUGCUGUCCACUUUGCAAGGAUCUUAUUGCAAGCUUCCUCUUUUGAGAAGAACUUUGAGAACUGAGUCUAAUGCAACUCGACAGAAAAGAGAUCUUGUAACAGCCGAGGUUCAAUCUGCCUCUCGGUUGCACCAUCAUGGGACCCUGAUGCGGAGUCCACCAGGAGGUUCAUGUCCUCAGGAGUGCCUUAAUGGAGCAGCCUGCACAGAGGGAGGUGACUGUGACUGUCAGUUAUUCCAGGCUCAAGGAAGCAGGUGCCAAAUUGUACCUAACACUGGCAAGGACCGAGAUGGGAUUUGCAAAUCAUGGGGACAGUAUCAUUUUGAAACAUUUGAUGGCAUCUACUACUACUUCCCAGGGAAUUGCUCCUAUAUAUUUGCAAAAGACUGCAGUACUCUGGAGCCCCAAUACACUGUUUGGGUUCAUAACAGUCCUCACUGUUAUGGUUCAGUAUAUACUUGUCAUAGGUCUAUCAGCUUAUUUUUUUCAAACCAAGAAGAAAUAAUGAUUUCAGGACAUGAAGUAAGAAAAAAUGGAAUCAGAUUAAUAUUGCCUCAGACAGUUGGAAAUGCUUUCAUUGAGAGACUGGCUGACUAUAUUCUUGUGAAGACUACCUUUGGUUUUUCUCUUGCUUGGGAUGGCAACUCUGGUAUUUAUAUUAAGCUGACAGAAGAUCAUAAGGGAAAACCUUGUGGCCUUUGUGGAAAUUUUAACGGCAAUAAAUAUGACGACCUGAUACUUCAAAACAGUGAAUAUACAGAAGACAUUGCUGAAUUUGCAAAUAGCUGGGCUGUGCAAGCCUCAGACGAUAUAGCUUGUGUCCCUACUGCCUCAGAUUUUUCCAGUCCUUGCUCAGCCAAUGCAGAAUCCACUGAGGACAUAUUCUUCAAGUGCCAAAUAUUCCUACAGUUUCCUUUUCUCAGCUGUCAUGAAAGUAUAGAUCCGUAUUCUUACAUUUCAAGUUGCAUGAAUGAUCUUUGCAGAGUGGAUGAUGAUGAAACAUACUGCAGGGCAGUGACAGAGUACGCUAGAGCAUGUUCUCACGCUGGGUCCCCGGUGCGGGACUGGAGGGAUGACUUUCCUGCCUGUACUGAGAAGUGUGAAGACACCUUUGUUCACCGUGACUGUAUCAGUUGUUGUCCACCAACUUGCACCUUUGAAAAGGAUUGUCUUGGCAGCAAUCUGCACUGUUUAGAUGGCUGUUACUGUCCAGAUGGUCUCAUUAUGGAAAAUGGAACUUGUAUCUCUUUGUCAAAUUGUCCUUGUAUUUAUCAUGGAACUGCUUUCCCUGUAGGCUCAAAAAUUGAACAAGAAUGUAGCAACUGUAUUUGUGUUGGUGGCAUUUGGAACUGCACUGAUCAUGAUUGUCCAGCUGAGUGCUCCAUCACGGGCAGCUCUCAUUUCACAACAUUUGAUGGACGCCAUUUUACCUUUCUUGGGAUUUGCCAGUACAUUUUGGUAAAAGGCACUGGAAAAAACAAAUUCACAAUCACUUUACAAAAAGCACCUUGUGGAGAGAACUUUGACCAUGCCUGCAUUGAGUCUAUAACACUGGUUCUUGAAGAUGACGUGAGGAAACAAGUAACUCUCACAAGAUAUGGUCAAAUCCAAGCUGUCCCUAACCAAGUUUUUAACCUCAAUGGGGCUAUUGAAAUUCAGAAUAUAUCUUCUUUCUUUGUUCAACUGAAAACUAGUUUUGGUUUGAAGAUACUGUUUGCUAAAGAUGGAGAGAGGAUCUAUGUUCAAGUUGAUGUCAGAUGGAAGAGAAGAACAUUAGGACUGUGUGGAACUUACAAUGGAAAUUUAAGAGAUGAUUUUCUAUCUCCAGCAGGGAUGAUAGAAGGGACCCCACAACUUCAUGCCAAUGCAUGGAAGGUUUCCUCAGCUUGCUCCAUGCCUAUCAAUAUUCCUGUGGUUGAUCCCUGCAAUGUGAAUCAGCAAAAUGCUGGGUAUGCAUCUCACUGUGAUAUCAUCAACCAAGAGGUGUUUGCUCCCUGCCAUGCCUACAUCAGUCCAGGGCUGUACUACCAGCUCUGCCGCUUUGACGCAUGCAAAUGUGGAAGCAGCUGCCUGUGCAACGCUUUGGCACACUAUGCUUAUGUCUGUGGCAAGCACGGCGUCGCCAUUGACUUCAGAUCUCAUGUUUCUUACUGUGCUGUGAUGUGUCACAGUGGUAUGCUUUAUCAUCAGUGCUCUUCUUUUUGUAAACAUUCCUGUGCUUCACUUUCCAUGGCAAAUAUCUGUGCUGAUGACUGUGCAGAAGGAUGUAAUUGUCCUGAUGGGAAGUAUUUUGAAGAGUCAGUCAACUUUUGUGUAUCAAUAUCUGGCUGUCAUUGUCAUUACAAAGGCAAAGCACUGCAGCCUGGAGAAAUCCUUCCUACGCCAACAGGCUCCUGUCAAUGUUUGAAUGGAACAGUGACAUGUAUUGAAGCCACUACAGAAAACAUAGUUCACACAUGCCCUGAAGGAAAAAUCUACUAUGACUGCAGAUCUCCUGUGCCUGGGUUACCAGCAGCAGGUGUGAACUGUGGGAUCUCUUGUGCGAACCUUGCCAUGAACUUCUCCUGUGUCCCCUCACCACCCUGUGCAAGUGGCUGCAUUUGCCCCCCUGGGAUGGCUGAGCACAGAGGGAAAUGUUAUAUUCCUGACAGUUGUCCAUGCACCUGGAAAGACAGAGAAUUUCUGUCAGGAGAAGUGAUAGCUACUCCAUGUUACACCUGUGUUUGUCGGAGAGGUGUCUUCAACUGCACCAGUUACCCCUGCCCUGCUGUGUGCACCAUUUAUGGAGACCGACACUAUUACACCUUCGAUGGGCUGGAGUAUGAUUAUGUCAGUGACUGCCAAACUUACCUGCUAAAGAGCACAGAUAACUCAAAUAUAUCUAUAAUUGCUCAGAACAAAAAGUGCUUUGACAAUGAUAUUGUUUGCUCAAAGAAUGUUUUCAUCACUGUUGGAGACACUGAGAUUUAUUUUAGCGAACCUUCUGAGAAGCAGGUUAGUUAUUUUCUUUCCUUUUUUGAAAACAAAUCUAACUAUCAGCUCUGGAAGGCUGGAUAUUAUACUGUGAUACACUUUCCAGAACAGGACAUUACGAUUCUGUGGGAUAAGAAGACAAUGAUGCAUGUAAAAGUUGGACCUCGAUGGAAGGGAAAACUGGCAGGCUUGUGUGGAAAUUUUGACAAAUAUACUUCAAAUGAUCUGACUACAUCAAACAACAUGGAGGUGAGAAAUGCACAGGUGUUUGGAGACAGCUGGGUAUUAGGACAGUGUAAGAGCCCAAAUGAAACACUGAGACCAUGUGAAGUACAUCAGAGCAAGUUCCCUUAUGCAAAAAAGGAAUGCUCAAUUUUAUACAGUGAUCUUUUUGCACCUUGUCGCAAUGUGAUUGAUGUGACUUCUUUUAUCAAAAAUUGUCACACAGACACAUGCAACUGCAAUCUUGGUGGGGACUGUGAGUGUCUGUGUACCAGUAUUGCAGCUUAUGCCCACAAGUGCUGCCAGCAAGGAGCAGCGAUUCACUGGCGAUCUCCUCUGCUCUGUGCUUAUGACUGUGAAUAUUACAACCAAGGUCUUGGUGAAGGACCCUAUAUUUUGGCAAGUUUUGGAGUGAAUGACACAAUUAUAGGGGCUAAUGUAUCCAGCAGAAGGAUAUUUCCCUUGCCUAGAACUGGAGCGCACGGAAAUGUAAUUUUCAGUUUCAUGAUAACUCCAGGUCUUUUCAAAGAUAAAGAUUUAUCUCUGUCCCUUGUUUCCCUUGAAUCUGCUGAAAGACCAAACUACUUUCUGUAUGUACAUGACAAUGAAACCAUCGGGUUGGAGCAGUGGCAGGCAAAUGCCUCCUUUCAGAGACGAGCCACCUUCUUCCACCACCAGGGUCUCUGGAGUCCAGGGCUCAGUGCCUUCGAGCUGCACAGUAAAAAAGGCUUUUUCAUCAUUCUCACCUCAUCCAGUGUGAAAGUGGAAAAGUAUGAUGGUUCGGAAGAAUUCAAACAUUUCAGUAGUUUUAGUAUUGAAGAACUCAGUGCUUCUGUGCCUUACAGAAGGAUGUGUGAAUGGCGAUAUGAAUCUUGUGCUAAUCCUUGUUUUAAGACAUGUAGUGAUCCUGAAGGAACAGCAUGUAAAUUUCUUCCUCUGGUUGAAGGAUGCAUGCCAUACUGUCCCAAAAACAUGAUCCUUGAUGAGAUCACACUUAGAUGUGUUUAUCCAGAAGACUGCAUACCUCUGACACCUACAGAAUCAGACUUUGGACUGAAGCCUUCACUGAUAACCUCUCACAUGGGUCCUACCACAGAGAGAUUUCCUCAGACACUCCCUGUAUUUGUUACUUCAAGGAAUAAAUCAACUCUCAUCGGUGUGACAGACAAAAUAACCAUAAAUGCAAAUGCAGCUUCAAGGGGAAUGAAUAUGUCAGCACAGUCCAUUACAGACUUUUAUUCAUUGGAAGCUUCUAAUGCAGCCACCUAUUCAACAUUUUCAUUACCAAGUACAGUGGAGCCUUCUGAUGUACUUCACAGCACAGCCCGCCCUACUGUCCUUUCCAAACCCAUCCCUUCAACAGAUUUUCCAAUUCUUUUCCAAGGCUCAGCAGUCACAUCAUGUACUGACUGCUCUAAUGCAUCUAUAACUUUACCCAUUACAAUAACAACUCAAACAACCCUGCUCAGUGCAAGUCCUGUUGCAGCACAUUCUGCAUUAUUAACACCCACUUCCCUAGUGGUAGUUCCGUUUUCACUCGAAACAUCAACCACUCAGCUAGGAACAGUUCGACUUUCCUCAGCACUAACAACUCUAGCCUCCAAGAUAUCUUUGGUCACUUCUGAGCUGCCUGCAGGGAUUGGGAAGAGUAGGAAUCCUUCAGUAAGUCAUUCUAAGGGAGCAGAAACACACUCUGAAGUGUCUUUGUCUGCCUUGGGGGCUGACAGAGAAACUUUCACAAGACCUGUAUUUCUUCUAGAUCCACGACUGACACUAAGAACGUCUACUUCUCCUAUAUCUACUCUACCUGUUAGAACUAGGUCUGGCAUUAGUCAAACUGCAGUGUACCCAACACCCAGUUCUGCACUGACUUCAGCUGCUCCUCAAAUUCCUAUGGCUACUAGAUUUUCUAGCUCUGAGACAAGUGUUCCUCAAUUAAUCACAGUUUCAUAUUUCAAAACAGCAAAACCUUUGUCUAAAACUUCUCUGUUAUCAUUAAAUGUUAGCUCUUCAACCAGUUUUCCUCCAAAGCCACUUUCAUCUUCAGUGCAAACUUCAACAACUGUUCCAGAGCAGACAUCUCCAUUAAAAAAUGGCAGUAUUUCUGCUGCUCUGCCAAUAAUGACUGUAUCUUCACCUCAAGUUGUUUCUAAAAUCCCUAGAAACACUUCAAGUGCUGCAACAUGCACAGUAUCUACACCAGUCCAUUCUGUGUAUACCUCCCUGAAGCCCAAAGCUAUGCCAGAUGCCACUCUUGCCUCCAAAAGUUUUUAUACAGUACCUUCUAGUGCCUCCACUCCUCUAAUCAAUUCAACAAUCUUUGAUAGGUCUGUAGUGAGUAAAACCUCAACAGAAAAUAAGCAAAUAAUGCACACUGAUCUCUUUUCAUUAUCAUUUAUUUCUAAAAAGCCAAAGAAAUCUGUUACAUCUUCAGCCUUCCCUCUCAGGACAUUGGUAUUACCUCUAAAUUCUACACCCACUUCAGAACUUACAGAGUACCCAAAAAGUUCAGAUACAGAAUUAAAAACUGACCCUGUGGCUCAAAGUUCAGGUACUUCCAUUUCCAAAAAUCCUUCUUUUACAAGGUCAUUAUCUUUACUUACAACCUUGUUAUCAACAUCAGAACCAUCUUAUGUGACAUCUCAGACUACAAGUUCUUCAUUGAUUCCCACAGUUAGUAGCACAUCCCCACUAACACAAAAUAUAAGUGCUACCCAAGCAUCAGUUCCGUCUCUAGAUACACAAGGAACUUCAAAAAUUCCAAUUAUAGAUCUUGCAACUUCUGUGGAUUUUUCUAAAUUCACUUUAAAAAUAAGUCUCUCUACCAACUUUUCAGCAGCACUAAAAACAUCCAUUGUAGUGCCCUCUUUACUAACACCUAACACCUCUGAAAUCAGUUUAGAAAGCCAGCCCUCUAUGCCUUCACCUCCUCCUAAGACCACUCAUAUCUCUAAUGUUUCUCUAGGAAAGCAGAGUUCUUCGGUAAGUUCUUCAGGAGAAGAAGGAACAAUAUCAGCCAUACCAGCUGGAAUCAUCGCUCAAUCCACUACACCACUGGUCAGGAACACAACAGUGAAUGCUACAUCCUCAAAAGCACCUUAUAUUUAUGCAAAAAUGCUACCUAGCUCUUCAGCCAGUUUAUUAGUUACUUCAGGGACCACCACCCUGGCCUCAAGGAUUACUACAAAAACUGCUGAUUCUUUUGUUGUCAAUUUGGAUUUUUACAUGGCUUCAGCUUCAGUUCCUACCACCAUAGAAACACACAAAUCUUUAUUUACAACUGCAGUAACUCAAGCUUCACAGAGCACUAGAGAAACUCCAAAGAUUAAUAUAAUGAAAACAACUGGUACUACAAAUCCAUUAUCACAGAUGAAGAGUACCUCAUACAUAGCAUCAGAAAUUAAAUAUACAACUUCAUUUGAAAACACUGUGGAUAUUUCAGAAGAUGGUCAGAUGUCACAUGAGCAAAAAAAUGCUACCAAGAUAAAUGCUACAACCACAACUGACAAAUCCUCCCCACCUUAUUUGCCAGUAACCACACUUCAGAGUCUGCUUUUUUCAAGAAAUACAACCUCAGUCAAAAAUAUCUCUAUUUCUGGAGUCCUGGAUGUAGUGACAUCAGAUAGGUCCAAAAUCCCAACACAGAAGCCCAUUACGCCUUAUUUUAGUGUAACAGAGGCCACAGAGUUGCAAACCAGAGCUAUACUAGAUUUGUCUCUUUCUAGUGGUGGAAUGGCUCUGCCUUCCUCAUCAGAGACGACGGCUGUAGAUGACAAGGCUUACUUUGGCACGAUGAUGCACACACUGAUAUCUACAUCUUCUGAGUGUGUGCCAAGAUACCUUGAACCUGUUGACAAAUGUAGUCAGUAUGUAUGUGUGAAUACGGCUUGGAUGUUAUACAAUCUUUCAAGGAACUGCCCUAAGGAUGUGCAGAAGCCAGAUUGUGGUUUUCGAGGAAUGCCUGUUCAAGUUAACACUGACAGCUGUUGUCCAGAAUGGCAAUGUCCCUGUCAGUGUUCUGUACUGUCAGAACUGAGUGUUAUUACAUUUGAUGGAAACAACAUAGCCCUCUGUAAUAUGGCUUCCUAUGUUUUAGUCAAGUUACCAGGAGAAAUUAUUGUUGCUCAUAUUGAAAAAUGUCCUGCUAAUCAGAGUGCAAAUUCAAUAAGAAAACUAGUGCCACCUGCAAACACUUCAGGACUCUGUUUUAAGAAAUUAAAUGUCACAACGCACACUUGUCAAAUACUUAUCAAUCGUUUAGCAAGAAAAGUAGUUGUAGAUUCUGAAAUUCAACCAUUACCAUUUUCAAGAGAAGGACUGAAUGUUCAGGAUACUGGUGCAAUGUAUGUGGUUAAUACCCCAGGUGGGAUUAGCAUCAAGUGGGCUCACGUUACAGGCAUCAUAGAUAUACAGUAUGGACUGCACCCUAACACAACGAGGAAGACAGAAGGACUUUGUGGGGUGUGUAAUGGAGAUCCUAGUGAUGACCUGAAAAUGCAAAACAUGACCAUAAUUACAAAUAUGGAGGAAAUUGAAAUGUUCAUUAAGAGCUGGGAAAUUGGGAAAUCACUUGAUGUAACAACUAGGAGGCCAGUAAGAAACUGUACUGAAGAUAACUGCACAUACUGUAUGGAACUGUUAAACAGAAGCAUUUUCAUCCCUUGUCAUAAGAAAGUGUCACCACAGGAAUUUUGUGAGAAGAUGUGGAUCAACAGUACUAAUUUUUGGAACUAUGAGUGUGAUGCACUUUCUGCAUAUGUGGCUUUAUGCAACAAGCACAACAUCUGCAUUAAAUGGAGGACACCUAAUUACUGUUCACUGAGCUGCCCUGAGGGCAAGGAAUACCAGCCUUGUGUGCAACCCUGUGAAGCCAAGACAUGCUUGAAUAAAUGGUUCUAUGAGGAUUCUCCCUGUUCCUAUUUAAGGGAAGAUUGUGUGUGUAAAAACGGCACCAUUCUGCAUAGAACAGACUCAGACCUCUGUAUACCAGAAGAAAAAUGUACAUGUACAGAUAAUAAAGGACAACCCCGCUCUGCUGGGGAGAUCUGGAAUGGGUCCAUGAGAGGGUGCUGCAUGUACAGCUGUUUAGAAAAUGGAAGCAUUAUUGCUGUAGAACCUGAGUGCAGUGAGGAUCCACCACCAGUCUGUGAAAGAGAAGGGGAAGUUCUACUCCAUGUCAUUGAAGAGAGAGCUUGCUGUCCCAAGAAAGUUUGUGAAUGUAACAUGUCAUUGUGUGAUGCCAUUAUUCCAACAUGCAAACCCAAUGAAAAAUUAGUGGCAGGCUACCACCCCCUGUCCUGCUGCCCACAGUACCGAUGUGAAUGUGAUCCUUCAGUUUGUUUCAAUGCCUCGCAGCCUGACUGCAGAGAAGAUCAGUUUAUUGUUGAGGCAAAACAGGAAGACCCCUGUUGUUUCUCUCAUCUCUGUGUGUGUGAAUCCUGUAUUGAACCUGUUCCCUUGUGUAGUGAAGGGGAAAUUCUCACUGUAGACCUUAAUACCAUACACUACUGCUGUCCUCAUUACUACUGCGUUUGUGACGAAAAUCUUUGUUCUGAGCCUCCUAUGAUUUGCACAGAUGACAUGACACCUGUGAAGGAAAAAAUACUCGGGCAAUGUUGUCCAGAAUGGCACUGUGAAUGUAGUUGUGAAAAUGCUACCAUGCUGACCUGUAAAUUGGGAGAAGUUAAAAAAAUAGAUAGCAGUGUUUCCAGUGCUUGUGGAUGCACUCACUAUAUUUGUGAGAAGGAUGAUGUGUGCAUCUUCCAAGAGGUCACAGUACUGAAUCCUGGGCAGUCAGUGAUUCAGUACUUGGAUGGAGACCUUUGUUACACUGUACAGUGUUUGCAAGAAAAAGAUCAGAACACAGGCUACAAUGCCAUGCAUUUCACAAUGAUGAACUGCUCCCAGCAAUGUGAAGCUCAUCAAGUAUAUAUUCCUUCCUUCAGUCACGAUACUUGUUGUGGUACGUGUCAAAAUGUGUCCUGCUCUUUUCAUACAGAGAAUGGAACACUGAUUUUGUAUGAGGAAGGAAGCACUUGGACCUCCAACUGCACCAACUACAAAUGUGUUAAGACUGCUGCAGGGGCUAUUGCACUGGGAUCAAGUGUUGUCUGCCCCCCAUUUAAUGAUACUGAGUGUACAAAGAAUGGAGGAAUUGUGCAGACGUAUAAUGAUGGCUGCUGCAAGACCUGCAAAAAGGAAGAAAGGAUUUGCCAGAAAAUGACAAUUAGGACAACCAUAAGAAAAAAUGACUGUAUAAGUCAAAGCCCGGUCAAUGUGGCUUCAUGUGAUGGCAAAUGCCCAUCUGCAACAAUUUACAAUGUCAAUAUUGAUAGCCAUCUAAGAUUCUGUAAAUGUUGUCGAGAAAUCGGAACACGAGUCGUGACCGUGCCCUUGCGCUGCUCAGGAAACGGCACCGAAAUUAUGUACGUCAUUCAAGAGCCCAUAGACUGCUCGUGCCAGUGGAACUGAACCUUGCUGUGGACAUGAUUUGGCUUUCACCAGACACAGUUUUUUGGUCAUGGAUGGGUAUAGUACUCUGCAGGGAAAUAGAAAAGGCAUCGGUUAUGCUUUAUAAUGUAACUUUUCCCAAAUUUAGCAAAGAUGGUUGUUCUUCAAAUUGUCCUUGAAAAUAUUGGCAAGAAUAGAAAGAAAAACAUAAAUCCUGUUGAACAAGGUGUAGUUUAUCCAUCAUUUAUUUCUACUCAGUGGCUUUCUGUUGAGGUGGUGAAAAAAGCUGGUUAGUAUUUCCAGUAUUUUAAAAUUUUGGAUCAUGGAUACCUAUCAAAGUAGAGAAUUUCUCAAACAAUUUCUCAUUAGUUCAUUUACUUGGAGGCCUCCAGCUGAAAACCAUCACCAGUCCUAUGUUUAAAUUGGAAAGAAGCAUAUUAGGAUUUUGAAAAUGACUGAAUUAAUUUAUUUUAAAAAUAGUGGGUUCAACUGUAACAUUUUUACCUUGCUCAAAAAUCUAUCCUUUGUCCAGUAAGCUAUUGUCAAUGAUUGGAUUCUGCUUACACUGUAAGCCACUGAGAUACAACUCAACUGUGAUCUGUAAGUACUUGAUGGAAACCUCCAGAGUAUAUAGCAGAAUCAUAAUAUCUUGAAACUUAGAUAUGUUUAAUUUUUAUGUAUAUUAUAAAUAUUAAUUAUGAAUAGGCAAAGGCUGAAGAGUGAUAGCUUUUGUGCGUUAAAAAUAUCUGAAAGCCAUUUCUGCUAUGAAGGUUUCCAUUUUAUAUCCAUUUUUUCCCUUUUCACAGAAAAGAAAUUGGCUGUUUGCUAGUAUAGAAUAAGAUUAUAUGUAUAUAUAUUUAUUUAAAAACCCCCACAAUA